CCGAGGUGAUAGGUGUGUUGAAUUUCCUGCCACCACUUCCAGCGUUUUUUCCUCUUCACCGUCUCUUCACCUAGAAUUGGCUUUCAGAUUUAGAUCCCCAAGGGUUUAACAGGACAAUACCAAAUAGUGGCCAUCAUGAAAGCUGACAACUACAAAGCCAUCGAUGGAAAGCAGGGUUGGUUGGCAGGAAAACUCGGGAUAUCCCUUGCUACUGUAGUGACGUUCAUUUUAGGCGUCACUGUCAGAGGCGACUGGUUGCUCGUAGUAGUGAACCUGUGGAAACAGUUCCAGCCUGAAUACGGAAGGAACACGCCCUUUGGCUCGCCAGAAAAUAACGCCACGGACUUGACUUGGCUAGAACGCUACCGAUUACAAAAUGUUCAAUACUUUAUACUCUUGUCUUUGCUGAUAUCCUUUAGCGUAUUUUACUCCAUUGGCGGGUAUUUCCAAUACUUUUACUACAUCAAGAGAAGGGAACAGUCUGAAGAAUGGAAAUGCCAACCAAAUAAAUUUCUCACAAAGGAAAACGAACGUCAUGAAUUUAUUGCUGGUUCUGUGAAUAUGGCUUGCGGAGCUACUAUCUCGGGGAUACUGGCCUGCUUUAUUUUGAAUGGAGGCUACAGCACGCUCUAUUACUCGGCCUCCGAACGUGGAUGGUUAUACUUUGUUCUCUCCGGCCCGAUCUACUAUCUGUACAUCGACGGCGUGUCUUACUAUCUACACAGGACUUUCCACAACCCGUACUUGUACAAGAAGAUCCACAAGCACCACCACCGUUACCACCAGCCUACGGCUUUCUCCGCCGUGGCCAUGCAUCCCGUGGAAUUCUUCAUGUAUCAGGCUGUUAUGGCUUUACCCAUAUUUACAGUCCCCAUACAUGCAGGUGUAUUUCUGACGGUAUUGAUGUACUUCUACUACUACGGUAUGAUAGACCAUUCUGGAGUGAAGAUGGACGCCAUUUGGCCUUGGCAACCGCCGUCCACUUUCCAUGACAACCAUCACCAGUAUUUCCACUGCAACUUCGGCUUCAAUUCACUUUUAUUCGACUGGAUGUUUGAUACCCUGCGAAAAGAGGGCAGAGUUUACGGAGAAGAUAUUUUUGGAGGAAGAGGAAGAUCUAAAGAAAAUGAUAAGGAAAAAUGAAGAAAUUAACAGAAUUAACACGA